AACACACACAUAUACGUACACAUUCACUAACAUUGAAGAUGCAAGAUGAAGAAAGAUACAUGACGUUGAAUGUACAGUCAAGGAAAAAGAGCUCCAUCCAAGCAUCUCAGCUUACGUUUAAAGAUUCUUCAGCAGUGUUGCACAGGUAUAAAAUCCUCCUGGGAGUAUCUGGAGCAGUGAAUGGUAUUCUGACUUUGACUUUGAUCUCUCUGAUCGUGUUGGUUUCUCAAGGAGUAUUGCUAAAAUGCCUAAGAGGAAACAAUUCAGAUAUCGAGUAUGAUGAUGCUGGAAACCUGAAAGUGAAUAAUGGCACAAGAGGAAACAUAGGUAAUAAGGACACAGGCCACUGUAUUUCCAGAGCUGCAGACCAGACAGUAAUAUGCCCAUCAGAAUGGCUCAAAUAUCAAGGGAAGUGUUAUUGGUUCUCUACUGAGAUGAAAACUUGGAGUGACAGUUAUGUGUAUUGUUUGGGAAGAAAAUCUCAUCUACUGAUCAUACAGGAUCAAUCUGAAAUGGCUUUUAUACAGAAAAACUUGAAACAAUCAAACUAUGUGUGGAUUGGCCUCAACAUUACCUCCAUGAAGAAGACGUGGACUUGGGUGGAUGGUUCUCCAUUAGAUCCAAAGAUGUUCUUCAUAAAGGGACCAGCUACAGAAAAUAGUUGUGCUGCCACUAAGGAAACCAAAAUUUACUCUGAAACCUGCGGCAGUGUUUUCAAAUGGAUUUGCCAGUAUUAGUGUUUAACAAAAUUGAUAAUGAAAUAGUUAAUAAUCACUGUUUGGGGCCUAUUAAGUUCUAAUAUUUGUUAGGUCUGGAGCUGAGAGAGAGAGACACAUGAAGCCUCACGUGUAGCAAAAAUGCUGUUUAUUUUGAGCAUCUGUGUGCAGAUGAGUGGAGGCCAAAAGAGUGUCCACCCCAAGGGAGGGGAAAGCCUUGGGUUUUAUAGAGGGUUUCUCUGCAGGGAGUGAGUUCCUGGGCCAGAACAGCUAUUGUAAUAAAUUUUUUUUAAAACAACCAAUUUCUGGGACCCCUGCAUUGGUUUCAUCCUGCAGAGAUAAGGGAACGGGGAAGCUUUGUCCUUAUCAGGGGGAAUAGGAAUGCUGACGUCUGCAGCUGUUAGAUUUACAGCCUCUGAACUCUCCAGACUUCUGCGGCUAUUGUUUU